UCCCACCUCUCCCCCCACCUUGCCCUCUCCGCCGUUGACCUCGUCGGCCUCCGCCGCCGGCGAGGCCCCGUGUCGCCGGAGACCUGUACCCUCCCUUCACCCCCCUCCUUCUCAAUCCAAUCUACCCUCGCUUCCCCGGCCCGGCUGGCCGUAUCACCGCCCGCCGACCCUGGGAACCCUAGAUCCCCUGGAUUCCCGGAGCGCCCGGUCCGGCGCCGCCCCGAUCGCCGCGGAGGAAAUGCUCUGGCGCGUCUCGUGAGAUCCCGGCCCGCCAAGACCGAACUUCCCCGACGGUGACGCGCGAUGGCGAUCCGCAUGACCGUCUCCUACUCGGGCUACGUGGCGCAGAACCUGGCCUCGUCCUUCGGCCUGCGCUGCACCGCCGCCGCGGGCACCGGGGCGGCGCCCGGCGCCGGGUGCCGCGUCCUCCAGGACGCGCUCUCCCGCCCCUUCUGCCUCUUCUCCUCCUCCCGCCGCCUCGACCAGCACAACGACGCCGAGGACCACAACCACCCCAAACCCAACCCCAAGCCUCUCCCACCACCAUCCACCAAGCCCCUCCCCGCCAGACGCCUCACCAGGACCCUCGUCGCCUCCGAUGGCGGCAGCUACUCGCUCUUCGUCUCCCCACCAGGCUCCCCAAAACCGGACGACCCGCCGCCGUCCCUGGCUGUCGGCCUCCUCUCCGUGCUCGCCUCCGGGGUGGGCGGCGGCGCAUCCUCACUCUCCGCAUCCCCAUCCAUAUCAUCCGGCUUGAACCCCGCCGCGCUCCUCCCGUUCCUGCAGGCGAGCAAGUGGCUUCCAUGCAGCGACCUCAUCACCGGGGCAUCCUCCCGCAAGUCCGCACGCCCCGCCGCGGCACCCGCAGCACCGACCCCAGCCCCCUCCCGCCGCCAGCCAUCCGUGCCGUCCCCCGCGGUGGCUGCCCCGUCCAAGGCGGGCGUGAUGGCAUUGCUCGGCGGCAACAACGCGGUAGCUGGCUCCUCCAAGAUGGGUGUGAAGGCGUUGCUCGGUAGUAGCGGCGGUGGCGUGGGGGCUGCCCCUUCCGUUGCCGCGCCGCCGGUCGUUAGUAGUGUGGCAGCCUCUGGUGCUGCUGGGAUGGUCAGAAAGAGCACCACCGCUCUCGGUACCGGUGCGUCGGUGAGCAGGAGGAACAGCUGGCUGUCGAGGUGGGCGAACUCGUGCUCGGAUGAUGCGAAGACAAUGUUCGCCGCCGUGACUGUGCCGCUGCUCCACCGAUCCUCUCUGGCUGAGCCCAGGUCCAUCCCUUCGAAAUCCAUGUAUCCGACAUUUGAUGUCGGUGACCGGAUUCUCGCUGAGAAGGUUUCCUACAUUUUUCGGGAGCCCGACAUUUGUGACAUUGUCAUCUUCCGUGCGCCUCUAGUCCUUCAGAACAUGGGCUACAGCUCAAGUGAUGUGUUUAUCAAGAGAGUUGUGGCGACGGGCGGGGACGUCGUUGAAGUGACUGAUGGUCAGUUAUUGGUUAAUGGAGUUGUCCAGGAUGAGGAAUUUGUGCUUGAGCCAGCCAACUAUGAAAUGGGUCCAGUGAGGAUACCUCCAGGCUACGUGUUUGUGCUGGGGGACAACAGAAACAACAGCUUCGAUUCCCAUAACUGGGGACCGCUCCCGGUGAAGAACAUUCUCGGGAGAUCUGUGCUUAGGUACUGGCCACCAUCGAAAAUUACAGAUACAAUCUAUGACCAUGAUGUGCUUCUUGGCGCAGCAGGCAUCGCCUGAGGUUUAGUUGGUCUGGCAAAUGUCAAACCAACCCAUUUUUUGGCAGAGCAUCACUGAUAAUCUCAGCCACAUUUUUUCUCCUCUAGCUAUUUAUUUGAUUGAUGUCGCCUUGCACGUAAUGCUUGGCUGACUCUCAGUUUUUCCCUGCCCUACCAGCAGAUGCUUGUUUAGAGGCAACAGUUCUUGUACUGUAACCAACGAUUGCACUUGCUUGUGUGUCAUAAAAAGGAUGAAUCAGCAUCUAUCGCAACACAUGGAAAUUUUGAUA